GGCUCCGGGCGGUACAGACCCGGCCUCCGCCGCCCCGCGCGCAAGCGCGGUUCCGACUAACCGCCGGCGGCGUCAGGCCCGCCAGGCCCACAGCGCCCCCCUACCGGCCGGAGUCCUCCCACCAACGAACAGCUUUUAGUGCCGGACACCACCUAGAAAGGACAGAAGGGCCCAGCCUCAGCACCCCCAAUGAGCCAAGUGGAGUUUGAGAUGGCCUGCGCUGCCAUCAAGCAAUUGAAGGGGCCGGUGAGCGAUCAGGAGAAAUUGUUGGUGUACAGCUAUUACAAACAGGCCACCCAGGGCGACUGCAACAUCCCGGCCCCACCUGCCACCGACCUGAAAGCCAAGGCCAAGUGGGAGGCAUGGAAUGAAAAUAAAGGGAUGUCCAAGAUGGAUGCCAUGAGGAUCUACAUUGCCAAAGUGGAAGAACUAAAGAAAAAUGAAGCUGGUUAGGGAGGAGAGUAGCAGGGCGGCUCUAGUAGGGAAGGAAGCACUUUAAAGACCUUUUGAGGGCCGAAAUGUCCUGAGGCUGUAACAACACCGAGGCCGAGACCUCAAUAAAUCACUUUAACUGCA